CUGGGAGGCCUGGACGGCAAGAUGGCGGCGCGGGCAGCGCUGGGCUUCAUGUGCCGGCGUCUCUGGCAGAGUUCAAGGAAUUUUUCUAUAAACAGUUCUAAGAGCAGUACAGCCAGAAAUGGUGGCUUUCUCCUCAGUACCAGUAUGAAAUGGGUACAAUUUUCAAACCUACACGUUGAUAUUCCCAAGGAUUUGACCAAGCCUACGAUAACCAUUUCUGAUGAACCAGAUACAUUAUAUAAGCGCCUAUCAGUUUUAGUAAAAGGCCAUGAUAAGGCUGUAUUGGACAGUUACGAAUAUUUUGCCGUGCUUGCUGCAAAAGAACUUGGUAUCUCUAUUAAAGUACAUGAACCUCCAAGGAAAAUAGAGCGAUUUACUCUUCUCAAAUCAGUGCAUAUUUUCAAGAAGCACAGAGUUCAGUAUGAAAUGAGAACACUUUACAGAUGUUUAGAGUUAGAACAUCUAACUGGAAGUACAGCAGAUGUCUACUUGGAAUAUAUUCAGCGUAACUUACCUGAAGGAGUUGCCAUGGAAGUGACAAAGACCAAACUAGAACAGUUGCCAGGACACAUCAAGGAGCCAGUCUGGGAAACAGUACCAGAAAAAGAAGGCACGUCCUAAAGUCUCAGCGAGUCCACAAGUGCCAGCAGACACAUAUGUUGUUGAGAUAGAGAGGCUUCCCGUCAGGGUGACCGUGAGUCUACCUGACCACUCCGUUGAGCCCACAUGAGCCCACAUGCCCUGAGCAGCUCACAGCAAGGGGCAGUACUUUAUUGACACACUGGACUAGAGUGAAAAACCACUUGACCUUCUCUUCUGUACACAUCAUCAUUUCAGUUCUGAUUUUAACAAAUGUGAGCAAACCACUUUGACUACUGUGCGCCAAGAGAAUCGAGUUUAUAUUUUGUUCUUCUCUUACUGUUCAGUGAUGAGUUCGCACUGAUUUUAAUUUGUAUCAUUUCAGCUGAAAGUGAAUCUUUUGAAAUAUUCCUUAUGUACAUUUUCCCUUUUGAGCCACCUAGAAGUUUGAACGUUCAGUUGAUUUGAUUAAUUUAACACCGAACAGUUAAAGUUCUUCAUAUUUACCUCAGUGCAAGCUGGCAAAUGUUAGUGUGGGGAUGGUAACCUCCAAAUUUUACCUCAUUUAAGUGUGACAUUCUUGAACAUGAAUAUACUGUGCAGCAUCUCACGCACAUUUGUGGCAUGCACUGAACUCCUCUUGUUGCCCAAACCCUUACCAGGCCGCCUAGAAGGAUCACUGUUAAGGAAUUUGAGCUCUCGAGAAAUUACUGUAUCACUUUUUUCAUCCUGUGAUUCAUUCACUCAGCAGGCUUUUAUUUUGUUAGCUCUGUAACCAGCACUGUAGAAAAUACCGAACAUUGAAUGGAUAUAAUGGCUUUUGAAAACUGAGCAGGGCACAGAUAUUUUUCCUUAUUAAACUCCACGGUGAUAAGGCCUCUUUCUUUUGGUAAAUGGCAUUCUUUCUGUU